AUGAUCGAAAUCAGGGGUAUGCUUCAACAACUCAUUGGGAUAAAUGGAAAGAUGCAAGAGAAGUUAGCUGCACAUGACUCAGCAAUCAAAGGCAUUGAAACUCAAUUGGGACAGCUAUCUAUGGCCUUAAACAAUCGCCCACAAGGAACAUUGCCUGCAGAUACAAACGUUAAUCCAAAGGAGCAGAACCCGAAUCAUCUCAUGGCAGUGAGUCUUAGAAAUGGGAGAGAUUUAGACAGGGAGCAAGAAGUUGCUCAAUCCAAGAGAGAGACAAUGCCAACCACUCCAGCUGCCCUAGUUACAUUAGAGACUGAUGAGUUGGCAGAGCUCACCGAGGUUGUAAUCGAGCAAGCACGGGUUGACAAGGGGAAGGAGAAGGAAGGUGAACAACUCCCAGAACAGGUAGUAGAAAAAGCUUCCAGCAAAGAAAAGACGCAAAGCAGUGGGCAGAGGUUGAUUCCUACACCAUUCCCUCAGAGCGCGGUAGUGACAAGACCUAUGGCUCAAAAGGUUUCUGAUACACGUAGUUUCACUAUCCCAUGCAUCAUUGGAAGUUAUGUUUUUGCUAAAGCAUUGUGUGAUUUGGGAGCCAGCAUAAACUUGAUGCCCUUGGCAAUCUAUACAAAACUGGGCAUUGACAGAGCUAGAUCGGCCUCAAUGUUGCUGCAACUGGCUGAUCGCACAGUGAAAAGACCGACUGGAAUUCUUGAUGAUGUGGAUAAAGGGAUACCAAUCAUUCUGGGCAGGCUGUUUUUAGCCACUGGGAGAGCGUUAAUUGAUUGUGAGACCGGGAAAUUGAAAAUGAAGUUGAACAAUGAAGAAAUCAUAUUCAAUGUUCAACAAUCUAUGAGGAGACCCAGCGAAUUUGCAAAUUGCUCACUAGUGGAGGCUGUAGAUGUGAUACUACAAGAGGAGGAUGAGACUAUUAAUGUCAGGGAUCCGUUAGAAGCUUACUUGAUGAAUCUGGAACAUGUGGAUGGUGAGGAGUUAGCAGAGUGGGUCAUGGCUCUAGAAGGUCAAGGGUUCUGGGCAAGGGAACCCCAGUUCGAGCCCCUAGACUUAGAAGAAAGAACAACCCCACCUGCGAAACCAUUGAUAGAGGAGCCACCACAUAUGGACCUGAAACCGCUUCCAGCUCACCUCAAGUACGCUUUCUAA